AUGUCGAACAACCCUUUGGAUAAACUGUUUCCCAGGAAGAACUCGAAGACUUCACCUCCACCUGACGAGACAGCUGCACAAGGCCAGCAUGUGACUCCUUCUCCCUCAUCUACUGGCCCCGAAAUAGUGUGGCACCCCAAUGAGCUUGGUGAUCCAUCGCAGACUCCAACGGAGCUGAAUCGACAGUCCUCUCUGGCUCGGAGUUUCCGACCAAGCUCAAUGAUCGGACUCUCUUCACGGAGUUUAUCGGUGCCCACCGAUCGACACAACGAUCCUCUCGGCUUGACUGUUGUCUAUGAACCAGAAUCCUCGCCUUCUCUUGACAUCAUAUUUGUUCAUGGCCUAGGCGGGACUAGCCGAGCUACGUGGGCGCGAGAAAAAGAUCCAGAGUACUUCUGGCCAGAGAAAUGGCUUCCUCUCGAGCCAGGUAUUCAAAUGGCGAGAAUCCUAUCUUUUGGAUACAAUGCAAACUGGAGAUCUACUGGCCCAACUCCCAUCACGGGCAUAACCGACUUUGCGAAAGACCUAUUGUUUUGGAUGAAAUUUGGGAAGGGUGAAAAAUUGGAAGAACUUGAACUGGGCCAGAGACCAAUUAUUUUUAUUGUUCAUUCGAUGGGCGGUCUUGUCGUCAAGCAGGCGUAUAUUCUUGGCCAGAACGAUAACCAAUAUUCGGAUAUUGUGUCAGCGAUCAGCGCGAUACUGUUUUUGGCGACUCCACAUCGCGGAUCUAAUCUAGCCGACAUCUUGGACAAGAUCCUAACGGUGUCACUGUUCAAAUUUAGUCCCAAAUUAUUCGUAUCGGAGCUGAGCGCCGGUUCACAGACUGUAGCAGCUCUGAACGAGCAGUUUCGACACAUUGCUCCAAAUCUCGACAUACUUUCAUUCUAUGAAACACUAGAGACUUCAUUUGCCGGGAAGAGAAUGAUGGUGGUUGAGAAAAACUCAGCUACCCUCGGGUAUCCGAAAGAGAUCUCAAAGGCCCUGGCUGCUGAUCACCAUACGGUCUGCAAGUUUGAUAGCACCCAUGACUCUAAUUACAUUAGCGUUAGAAACGCCCUGAAAACUUUGGUCUCAUCUAUUCGUUCGGCAGGAAAAUCCUUAUUUGGAGAGCAGGGGAAAACACAGCUUGAACAGUUGCAGACUCUGCUGGCAGUUCCAGAGACAUUUGAUGAUGAUCUCAAGUUCUUUCAUUCCAGGUGGACUCCUGGAACUUGCGACUGGAUUGUGUUUCAUCCCGACUUCAAUAAUUGGAUGGAUGACGCCGAGGAUGCCCCAACCAUGUUGUGGAUGCACGCGUUGCCAGCGAGUGGGAAAUCUGUUUUAUCGGCAUUUGUUACACAUUACCUCCUAGAGCGGUCUGUUUGCGUAUAUUAUUUCUUCCGAUUUAGUGACGAAUCCAAGCGCUCGCUGAGUGCCUGCUUGAAGAGCAUUGCUUUUCAGAUUGCAAAGCAGCUGCCUGAAUUUGCCCGCGCGUUGAAAAAAUUGUCAUUUGCCACCAAAACAUUGGAAAAGACGGACUCAAAGGCCAUUUGGGAGAGAAUAUUUGUCCAACUGUUGUUCAAAAUGAGGUUCUCUACAACAAUCUACUGCGUUAUCGAUGCGCUGGAUGAGACCGACAAUCCACAGCAACUGGUAGAGUUAAUGCAGAGUGUCCCGCAUUCGUUGACACGCAUCAAGGUAAUCCUUGUCAGUCGGCAAACAUCGGGGCUCAUCACAACAUUUGACCGGUUGUCCACUGUGCUCUUGGUGACAUACUUACCACUGGAGAAUACGAAGAGAGACAUAAGGCUGUUUGUCGAACGGGAAGUGGAAUAUUUACGUGCCGCGCCCGAAUUUAAAGCGCGGUUGGUGGAUAAAAUGGUCGAAUGUGCCAAUGGUAACUUUCUGUGGGCCAGUCUUGCAAUGCGCGAGGUGGCGGAGUGCAAUACAGAAGAGGACGUCGACGAAACGCUGGGUGGCAUCCCGGGUGGCAUGGAGCAGCUAUAUCAACGGAUGGAGCGCACUAUCAUUGCAAACACAAAACCCCGCGACCGAAAACUAGGACAGAGGAUCCUGAUGUGGGCCACAUGCUCCCGACGGCCAUUGAUACUCAGUGAGUUGGCACAAGCAUUGGAGCCGGACUUUCUGCCGAUGGUGGAGAUGGGCCUCCUCAUCAACCGUGUGUGUGGGCAGUUUGUAACUGUUGACUCUACCACUAGUCGAUUAGUGAUGGUCCAUCAGACUGCGAGAGAUCACAUAGUGGCGACAGACUCAGAACUAGGAGUCAAUGUACCUGAAGGUCAUGAGAAGUUGUUGACCAAGUGCCUAACUGUCUUGGAGAAGCAUCAUCAACCUCGAGAUUUGCAUCUUGAACCUGGGAAUCGGAAAUACAGCCUGAGGGGAGAAUUCUUCUACUAUGCAAUGACCUCAUGGGCAUAUCACCUGGAUAAAGUGUCCCCUGAUUCAGAUGUACCGCUCCUCCUUUUGGCCAAGUUCCUCAAGGGAAAUCACGUUCUCGACUGGAUUGUGGCAUUGGCUGAAGCGAAGAAAUUGCGGAUUCUUGUGUCUUCCGCAAAGAGCAUGAAUCUAUACGCUCGCCGGAAACGAGGUCGCAACGCCGUGACACAUCCAAUGGCUCAUCGGCUUCAAGAACUUGACUUGGUGGAAUCAUGGGCAACAGACCUGCUCAAACUCAUCGGUAAGUUCGGACUGCAUCUAACCGAGUCCCCUACAUCUAUUUACCAGAAAAUCCCGCCAUUCUGCCCCAAGGCCUCGAUGAUAUACCGGCAAUUCGAGCAAUUUGCCCCCCGCCCAUAUUCCCUGGUGGUUAAAGGACUAUCAAAGUCCACUUGGGAUGACGGCUUAGCAAAGAUCUCCCUCCAACCGGCAACCCAAGGGAACAUUAUUGUCUGUGCCGGAGAUCAUUUUGCUGUGCUCACCGGAGGAGGAAUAAUUACUUUGUAUAACUCUACGACAUUCGAGACUAGACAUGUACUCAAACACACCGAGGGGGUUUCUGCGAUGAGUUUCAGUCGCAGCUCCCAUCUUCUCGUGACAUACGGCCACCGAACGACAAAAGUGUGGUCUGUCAAGUCGGGAGAAGUGAUGCACCGAAUCAAGAAUCCUAUCGGGAGCACGGCCAUGGCCGUGGUAUUCACCACCGGAGAUACCAAGGUUGUCAUCGGAUCAACGGAUCGACUCCUCAGAGUCGCCCGGCUGACGGACCAAGCUCCCGCCUGGUCAAUCUUGCAUCCCAACCUUUUGAAAACGGGCACAGCUCUGGAUAGACCUGUACACAAUGUUCCUUGGCGUAUGGCAUUCAAUUCUGAUGCGACUUGUGUGGCUGUCGCGUAUCGUGGAUCCCCUCUAUGUGUCUGGUCCCUGGAAACUGCGACGCUUCUGGGACGAUGUAUGCGCGACCAUGAAUAUGCAGGGAACUCCUGGUCAGUUGUAGAUCAAAUGAUCUGGCAUCCAAGGUCCCAGGAAAUUCUCGGCGUAUACAUGGGAGGGCAAGUAUUCAGAUGGGACCCGUAUACGAACAGCCAACAGGAGCUGGAGGCCGACGCAAAAAUUAUCGCAUGCAGUCCCGAGGGCAAAUUCUUUACGGUAGGCGACAGGCAGGGAACGAUCAAGCUGUAUAGCUUUCAUCAUUUCACCCUGAUCUACAAGCUCUCCUGCGAUCAUACCAUCACCGAUAUUUGCUUCAGUCCAGACAGUAAGCGCAUAUAUGACCUCCGUGGCCCAUGGUGUAAUGUAUGGGAGCCAAACGCAUUACUUGCGGGUGACGAGAACGGCGAGGAUAGCGACCUUGGGAGCGAGGCGGCCAGCAUUCCAUCAGCAAAUGUCUCCGAGGCUUCUGCAGAGGUGCGGGCACAGAUAACGGCAAUUGCCGUUCAUUCAGGAGGACGAUAUCACGCUGUUGGAAAUGACGCUGGGGUUGUCAGCGUGAUAGACUCCUCGAAUGCCGAACAUGUGACAUCUGAGCUUUGGAGAUCACCUUUAGACCUACCAAUUGAGCAUUUAAAUUGGUCGUCCGACGGAAGAUUCCUAGCCAGCGUCGAGAUGGCAGGGAGGGUCGUCGUGAAGGAGAUUCGUCCGGGCAGCCGGCGAACUUGGUCUGUGAAACAAGUGUUUGAGGCGACAAUGAAUGUUAGCCCUGAAGGCAUUCAACAGGUCUUGCUCAAUGGCAAUGGGUCCAAUGUUUUAGUCAAAAACGGGCCUUCCGUCACCGUUCAACCGGUGAGGUUGACUCAAUCCAGCACAGAGCCUUUUACUAUAACAUCACCAGAUACGAAGUGGGUAAACCAUCCAACAAACCCAAAGCUAUUAUUGUCUUUCAGCCCGAGUCAUACUCGAGUCUACAAAUGGGACGAUCUUUCGGAAAUUGCUGUCAUUGAUCUGGAGAGACCACCGUUAGUAUCAGGGCUAGACCUAGAGGUUAACCCAGAUACCGUCGAAGCCCGCCAGCAUUAUGAAGAGAACGCUAAGAUCCAGCGCAUCUGUCACAUGCACUCAGGCUCUCACUUCCUCAUACACAUCGUCCUUUUAACCAGUGGUCACAGAGAGACCGUCACAUUGCUUUUUCAAACAUCUUCGCUAUCCCGAUUACCAACCACGCCAAGCAUAUCUUCGUCGACCGAGACGCCUAUGACCAUUCCACCGGAAAUCCAGCGCCAAAUUGAAAUUCCACUAGGGAUCCUCCCACGUGAACGCCUUGUGUUCCUUGAUAAGAGCUAUUGGGUAUGUUCUUGGAGUCUUGGCUCUGAAUUCAGUCCAGACCAGGUGCAGCGACACUACUUCCUCCCAAAGGAUUGGCUGAAUAUAGAAUGCUUGGAGUUAUGCGUCUUGCUUCCGAAUGGGGUGGUUUUGAUGCCAAAUAAUGGCGAGCUGGCUGAGAUUACUAGCGUUGGGUUAUCUCAUGGUUGA